AUGCGAACUAUUUUGUGUGCAGUGCUACAUGCCUUCUUGAGUGUCUUCAUCCCAACUGCCAACCUGCUGGUGAUCAUAGUAAUCUGUCAGCUGAAGAAGAAAAGACAGAGCAGAAACUAUGUCUUCAUCCUUAAUUUGGCAGCUGCUGAUUUGAUGGUUGGCGUGAUGUGCAUCGGGGAGACAGUGGACGAUGCAACGGAAGCACUGUUUGACACAAACCUGCUUCUUUGUCUCUUGCGGAUCUGCAUGAGCAUCACUCCUUGCAUUGGCUCCAUUCUCACCUUGCUCUUGGUUUCUCUGGACAGAUAUUUGACAGUCAAGAUGCCCCUUCGUUACCCCACUCUCAUGAGCAAGAAACCAAUAAUCUUCUCUCUUGUUGUCCUGUGGACUAUUUCGUUUUUGGUGGGAUACAUGCCACUUAUCUCCUCACAACUGCAACAGAGCAAUUUCACGGAUAACUGUGGGUUUCUGUCUGCUGUCAAGAAUGACUACCUGUACAUAAUCUGCUUUGGCAUCUUCAUCCCUGCCUUGCUGACCUUGAUCUGUUUACAUAUUUCAGUGGGGAGGAUUGCCUACCUGCAACACAAGCAGAUCCAGCAUGCCUGCCUACGUGUAGUUACUCCUACUGCACAACUCCGUCACUUCAAAGCUCUGAGGACAGUCCUGAUCGUGAUCAUCUGCUUCAUCUGCUUCUGGGGCCCUUAUUAUGUGACUGCCAUUGUGAAAGCUACCUGCCAGUCGUGCAAUCCGAGCCCACUGCUAAGGGAUUUAUUAUUCCUUCUAGGAGAAACCAAUUCUCUGAUCAAUCCUUUUAUCUAUUCACUGUACAGCAAGGAUAUAAGAACCCAGUUUGCUAGGCUGAUGAAGUGUAAGGGGAAAGGAGAAAUAAAGCCAAACAGAUCUCUUGAUCUGGCAGUCACCCAUUUCAACAUCAGAACCCAAAGUGGCUUAACCUCUGGAGGACCCACAAGGCAAAAUUCAUCUGGUGAUCAAGCCUUUAACUCUCCUCCCUUCAACGGCUCUUCAAGUUGCAGAACAAUUUCUUGA